AAAGCUGCAUAAACCAGCUCAGAUGUUAUUUUGUGUUGCGAGUGAUUGGAAGUGAAUAAAAGUGAUAUUGUGCGAUAAGAAAACCUAAAAGCAGAGCAGUAAUAUGUUCAAUGGUUCACCGCAUUCACAUUAGCCAGCUCAUCUGAUUUGAUUUGCCGAGUACAAAGUUCGCGUUCAGCAUCCACAGCCGCACAUUCCGCAAUCUUUAGUCAUGUCGUGGAUGGCCUUUGGAGCCCUGGCCUCUGGUUUUGUUCUUCAGCGCCUGCUGGGCGGCGAUCAGCCGGCCAAUAAGGUCUUGGAAGUCAAGAGCGAAUCACUGGGAACACUUCAAGUCCUAGCCCGCGAUGACGCGAUGCUCCUCUUUGCACCGCCCUUUAACAGCAAUGAAAAGCGUGCCGUCUAUGAGAUCAUUCUGCAGCGCCCAACCUCGGAUUCGAGUACCACAUCCUUUAGUCUGUACCGGUCGCCGGUUCAGCAGGAAGCCGAGGAACGCUUUAACGCUUUUCUUCAAAGGCUCCCCGUCUUCGUCAGCAUUGUGAAAGAGUAUUACAAUGUAAAUGGGCUGCAAAAGGUCUGCGAUGCACUGGCGGAGAAUCCUUCCUGGACACUGUCCCAUUUAAUUGCAUACUUCAACUUGGUGGAUUAUAUCAGCAAUCCGAAGAUGCUACAGUGCGUAGACUAUGCGGAUCACACCUCCCUAAUGUCGCCCUUUCAGCUGGCCAUUAAACAGGGCCACAUAGAGAUGGUGAAGGUUUUACUACCACUGAGCAAGCUGGAACACUUGGAUAUCAACAGCAAUUCUGUGUUUCACUAUGCCGCCAGCACCACCAAAGAUAUUAUAAAUCUUAUCACGGACAAAAGUACGGUGAAUCUAAACCACCUUAACUCGGAUGGAUAUACUCCACUUCAUGUGGCUUGCCUUGCCGAUAAGCCGGAGAAUGUAAAUGCACUGCUAUUGGCUGGCGCCGACGUCAACCAAAAUGCGAAGAACAUCAGCAAGCUGUACAAGACAUCCGCACCCACCUCGGUAUCCUCGUUUCUCCGCACCAAUGUGGGCAAGCUGUACAAACAAGACAUGAAAUACGGCGGCACUCCUUUGCAUUGGUGUUCCUCUCGUGAAACUUUACACGCCCUCAUAAUGGAGGGAUGUGAUGUAAACGCCACGAACUUUGAGGGACGCACCGCUCUGCACGUGAUGGUGGCCAGAAAUCGAUUUGAGUGCGUAGUCACUUUGUUGGCCCACGAUGCGGAUAUUGAUGUGCUGGAUAAUGAGGGAAACGCAGCGCUACAUAUCGCCAUAGAGAAGAAGUUAGUUCCGAUAGUCCAGUGUCUUGUUGUCUUUGGGUGUGACAUCAACCUGAAGAACAAGGAUGGCAAAAGCCCGCGUCACAUGGUGGGCAAUGAUGCCAGUGGCAAUAAGGAGGACGAAAUACUCUACAUCCUUCACUCAGUGGGGGCUAAACGCUGCAAAGAGUCCGGUUCUAAGUGCCCACCAGGAUGCAAUGCAAAGGGCAACUACAAUGGCAUACCACCAGAGGCACCAGAAUCCGUGGAACAGCGCGAGCAUAUAGAAACCAUGCUGGCUACCACCAGUCGUCAAGUGAUGGGCGGUUUCCUGGGAGCGGCGGCCAAUGGAAUAUUGGAGAAGCCACCACCAGCACAAAAACCAGUUGUCGUCGACACGGAGAAAGAAUUGAAAGGCCAAAGCAUUAUGGAUGCCCUGCUGGGCAUGUUUACCACCAAAGUAAAUGCUGACGAGAUGAAGAAAGACACCUCUUCGAAUAGUUUGGCUAGUGGCUCUGCAACACCUGCUUCAGGCGCCGUUAGCCCGGAUCAGCUGCCAUCGCCCAUUGCCGCUGAAAUAGGCGAUAAACCCUACGGUCGUGGACGUUUGCUAUGCCUUGAUGGUGGUGGGAUUCGUGGCCUGGUCCUGGUACAAAUGCUGCUCGAAAUCGAGAAGCUUUCGCGCACUCCCAUUAUCCACAUGUUUGAUUGGAUUGCCGGCACCAGCACGGGAGGAAUUCUGGCUUUGGCAUUGGGCUGCGGUAAGACGAUGCGUCAGUGCAUGGGCCUCUAUUUGCGCAUGAAGGAGCAGUGUUUCGUAGGCUCAAGGCCCUACAACAGUGAAUUUUUUGAGUCGAUUCUGAAGGAUAAUCUGGGCGAGUUCAACGUGAUGACUGAUAUCAAGCACCCAAAGAUCAUGGUCACCGGUGUAAUGGCGGACCGCAAGCCCGUUGAUCUCCAUUUAUUCCGCAACUACACAAGUGCGAGUGACAUCUUAGGCAUUGUGACUUCUAUAAACAAUCGUAGGAUUCCUCCACCGCCGCCACAAGAGCAAUUGGUUUGGCGUGCUGCCCGCGCUACUGGAGCGGCUCCUUCGUAUUUCCGCGCUUUUGGUCGCUUCCUAGAUGGCGGCUUGAUAGCCAACAACCCAACGCUGGACGCCAUGACCGAGAUCCACGAGUAUAAUAUGGCUCUGCGCAGUGCAGGUCGCGAGGCAGAGGCCAUACCCGUGUCCGUGGUGAUGUCCCUGGGUACAGGACACAUUCCGGUGACUGAGCUAAAGGAUAUUGAUGUCUUCCGUCCGGAAAGCAUUUGGGACACGCCCAAAUUUGCCUAUGGCAUCUCCACCAUUGGCAACCUGCUGGUGGACCAGGCCACCUGCUCCGAUGGAAGAGUGGUUGACAGAGCCCGUGCCUGGUGCAGUACCAUUGGCAUACCCUACUUCAGGUUCAAUCCCCAGCUGAGCGAGGACAUUGCCAUGGAUGAAAAGGACGACCAAAAACUAAUCAACAUGCUGUGGCACACCAAGGCGUAUAUGCACGCAAAUCGAAACAAGAUCAUUGAAACGAUCAACUUCUUGAAAUAGCAUGCAAGACGGAUUUAGACCGCAUUUGCUGUAAUGAUCUCUCGCUAGAGGGAUCCUUUCGACUCUUGUCUGUGUACUUUAGCUUCGUUUUACCCUGUUCGUUUACGUUAAGCACCAUUUCUGCGGUCUAAAUCAGCCCACACUCUGGGACGUCUCCUUCCCAAUAACACCGAAGUCCUCCACCUAGAAUCUGUAUUUUUAUACACCCAAACUGAAAGCGUUAUUCUUUACGUUCUUUUAUUUUUCUUACUUCCGAGGCUUAAUCUGCAGGAUUACCAAACGAAUUACGCUUUAUAUGUUGUGUUAUUGGAUUUAAGAAGAUAGCAUAUUGUCAUCCUUUCAAAAUUCGUUUAUUUUAUGUAUUAACGCUGAUGUAUUGUAUUUAACCCUCCAAUUGUAUUGAGAAUUAAUAGGAUGAUGGAUAACAAACAUUCCGUGCCGCUUUGUUAGAAAAUGAAUAUAUGUAUGUAGUUGAGCACGAAUUUUGAAUAAAACUUUAUAGGUGUUUAAACAAGUUUUUAAUAAAAAUACCCAGGUUUACGGAUGGAAUUCUUUAAAUAUCCAACGGAACUACAGAACUUUAA